GUCAUUCAGUGUCUAUCGCGUCGCGAAGCUCCGAACACCUUGGGGAUAAAACGGAAGUUUCAUUCAACUCCGCGCAUUCAACGAAUUCGAAUUUCCUGUUUAUAUAUCGCACGUACCGAACCGACGGUUUGCAUCGCUGUACCGAAAAAAAAACCCGAUCAACAUUCGACCGAACCGAUUUCACAAGCCGACGAGGUAAAAGAUCGUCGAUGAUCGACUAACGGUUGAAUCAAACGUAUAGCAUCUGCACGCGGAAAUUAUAUUCCGCGUUCUGCAUCAACGAAUAACGCGAUACAGUUUCGUGCAUAUAAAAAAAAGGAUAAACUGUACAUAGGUAUUUACACCCAUAUAAACACCCAUAGCUGCAAUUCAACGGAGAACAGCUACAACAGCCGCAAUUCGCAAGUAAAACUCACGGUUGCGGUCGAGUGAUGGGCGAAAAUCAGUAACCAGCUUCUAGAGGUGUUAACGAAUAGAUUCCUGAUGUGUGCGGUUGAAUAAACUUCCGGGAAGCACCUCGUAGACGCUCGUCUACCGAAUAAUUUUAAGGACAAACGAAAAAUAGCAGAUCCCAUUAUUGUAACACCGGAAGCAAAAUGGUGUACAGAGGUACUCUGCAAACCGACGACCCCAGGGAUGCCCCGAAACUCGUCAGAAUGGCUCCGCUCAGAUCGAGCGGUCCCAGAAUUCCGUCGCGAACGGGAGAUCGCGUCAAUCAUCAAGGAAAUUCCGAAGCUGCCUCCAGAUCUGAUUCGAAAAUAAAAAUGGGUGUCCCGCGGCUACGAAAUAUAAACCAAAUCCGGGAGACCGUGUUCAUCGAUCGCUCGCUCACCCCGAUUGAAUUGAUAGGUAAAAAUCACAACGAUAAUAAAAAAAAUUCACGACCUUAUUCGAUAGCGAUACCAGCGUCCGAAAGUGACGUCGCUAAGAACGCGAAAAAUUCUCGUCCUCAGAGUACGAUGCUGGCUAAUUUAAGGGACCUCGAGAGACUGAGGAACACACCGACGUCGAAGAGGAGCGAAAAAAGUUGCAGGGCCAACGUGGCGGACAUAAAAUUACUGUCGAAAAUGGCAGCGACCGAUCUGAGGACCGCCGUAACUCCGUCCGAUCGAGACCCCGUGAAAAUUCAAUCGGACAUAUCGAGGAUCCAGCAAAUGUUCGAAUACGCUAAUUGCAGAGCGGUAACAACGGUGGGAUUGAAUGCGCCCGGUAACCGCGUCUCGUCGUCGUCUUUGAAAAAUAAUCCCGAUGUAGCGUACAGGCGGACCUCCGACGUCCCGAAGUCACGAGCGGAAGUGACGCGGUCUCACCACUUGGUCAAAUCCAAGACGCAAGACAGCUACUCCACAAAUUACGAGCAACGACAAACUAAAGAGAAACAGUACGCGGUUACGAGCGACCCGAGACACCCGAGCGUUUUAACGAGCUCCAAGGUCUCGCAGCAAAGUUCAAAGCCUCCGAAACAUCAGGCGUUAAAAACGCAACAUCAGAUCAUCAGAACCGCUGCGAGCAAUCCAGCGGUCAUCAACAGGCCGCCCAAUAAGCCGGAAAUUCCUAUAAUUCCCGUACGGAAACGGAAAGACAGGGACCAAUCGAGGGCGACGGAGGACAAGGGAUCGGAAUCGAUCGUCUGCAGAGAAGCUGAUCAAACGUUGCAAAGGAGUUUCGAGAGGUUGCACCAGCAGCCUUGCCAAAAGUCCGGAACUACGUCGUCCGAGACCGCGAUAAUUAAUGCCGAUAGUAGGGGCGGUUCGAACAAACGCAACGUGACCCUUCAGAGGCCCGAUAUCCUCGAAGGACUCCUCAAGGAAUCCGAUCGGCAAAUAGCGGACCUGGAACAGGACUUGGGUACGAGGAAAAGUAGACCGCGGAGCGUCUGGCGAGGUAUGGUGCAGUCCAUGAGGCUCCACGACGUCGAACUUCACUCCGACAACGAGGAGCAGCACAAAGAUAUCAACUUGUGGAACAAGAGCAUCAGUCAGCGGUGGCGGAAACUCAGGCGAAGAUGUUCGGUCCAAGAAAUUCCGGAGCCACAAGAAGCUCUUAUUCAAGGUGGAACCGCGCGUGCCGGCGUCAUACAUGCCGUCAGAUCGACGCCGACUAGCCGCGAGGUUUCUCCGGCGGCUAAAUCGCUUCAGGAAGGAUCGUCACCCAAGAAGUUACUGCAAACUAGUUCUCUAAGGCUACCAGGUACCUCUAAAGGCUUGUCCGACAUCCAACAAGUACUCCGUAGUAAGUUCAGCAAAAUAAACGCCGGCAUACGAAAGCGAAAGGCACUAAGCGUGACGGAGGUAUUUCCGGCCAAAGACAAUACCGCUUCAAAUUUUUACGUUCCUAGCCCGCUUUUGAGCACUUCGGCAAGUAGUCAAGGAUUUCCGAGUGAAAAUUAUCAUUCCGAAGGCGAAGAUGGGCCCAUGUCUCUUCCCCCUUACCCCUUUCACGACAAUUUGGAAACUCUGACCGAGAUCAGCGCGCCAAAUUCACCCGCACAGUGCAAAAGUCCCAACGCUGCCAAGAGUUGUUUCAAUUACGCAUCGCAAAAUACGAGCAAUCACAGUUCGCAGAAUUUUUCGCUGGUCGAAUCUAAUCAUCAGGAUCGUAAAGAAAUUGGAUAUGAAAACGUGGCUUUCGGUAGAAAUUCGCGCGGCGCUCUACACAGGAGUAACUCGGAGAACAGAGAAGGACACCGAGGCGACCCUAGCUACGAGAAUUUCCACUUUCAAAGAUCCCUUCACAGAUCGAGGGGAACUCCGGACGGAGAGAUCGUCGGCGAUCGCGUAUUUUCCGAAAGAUCCGGAGUCACCUUGGCCCGAAGUCACUCGGAGUCGAGAGAUCACCACUCGUACGAGAACGUCCACUUCCAGAAGAAUCUCAAUCAAAAAACUAGAAAUCACUCCGAUUCGAGCUACGAGAGCGUUCACAUCCCCAGGGUCGCUCCGCGCAAGAGAACGACGGAAUUUAAAAUCGGGGGACAAGUAUCCGGUAGUAAUUACUCGGCUACCCAAGAUACCACGGGGUCUUCAGGAGCAUUGGGAUUCCAUGAAGACGGACCGGCGAGUUUGGGGGCUAGCAGAAGUCCUGGGAAAAAGAACGCCAGGAGACUGAACAGCAGAAGCGUUGCGAACAUUCCCAAUUCUUCGGGGACGGGCCUCAAGGUUUGGCAAGGUGUUCAGGACACCGACGAAGGCUUGAACACCGACUCGGAACUUGAGGACAUAGAGGAGAAUCUCGAGGGCGAGGAGUCGAGAUUUUGCACACUGCCCAGGCCCGGAAAGGGCGGAGUGUCUUUUACAAUAAUGACGGCCAGGUUCCUAAAAGGUCCUGGACACAAAGGUUUGGGCUUUAGCAUCGUUGGGGGUACCGACAGCCCUAAAGGUAACAUGGGAAUAUACGUAAAAACGAUUUUCUCCAACGGACAAGCGUCUGACCUGGGGACGGUGAAGGAAGGUGACGAAAUACUGUCGAUCAAUUCGAAACCUCUACACGGAAUGACGCAUGCCGAGGCAAUCGCUGAAUUUAAAUCGGUCAAAGCUGGAGACGUGGUCCUGCACAUCGGUCGUCGUGUUUCUAGGCGUAAAAAGGAGUCUCUGACCCUGACGCCAACGGUAGCCGCCGCGCCUCUGCAGCAGGCUGUAAACUAAUCGUUAUCGUCAUUAUUAUAAUCAUAAGAGCAAAAAUCAUCGACUCAUUAUCGAAACGUUAUGAUAAUAAAAAUACGUCGUAAGGAAAUCUAAGCUAAUCGUAGGCGCAACCAUAUCAAUAGUUGAACGAAGGGAGAAGAAACAAUGAAUCAAAUUUAAUAUCUCCGAGACACGGAUCUUCCCUUUGGAUCAUAAAUUAAAAAAAUCAUCUUACACAUACCUAUAAUCCACUAUAUCGUAUUAAUCUAUCUUCGAACGUUAUAAUCUCAAUUAGCUUGGAUUAUACCGUACUAAUAAGUCUUCUGAGAAUUUCGCAGAGCCCAGCUUCCCACUCCGGUCCAUGCGAUAACUUUUGUAGAAAUAUAGCUCGUACGGAUACCACCGCAACUAUAGAUUUUCAUAAUUUAUAUGCGAUAAUUACAAUAUCGUUGCUGCCCGUGCUGUAAUAUUAUUGGUGAUAAUCGAGGACGUGUUGCUGCUAUUGUUGUUGUUAUUAUUAUUAUUAUUGUUGUUGGGAUUAUGAUUACUGCUAUCAUUCUUAUUAAUAUUAUUAGGGUAGACUGUAUUGCGAUAAAAAAAAAAACGGCUGUCAUAUUAAAUCGAUUAAAUUUUAUUAGGCAACGAAAAGUAUGGAUUCGUAUAUUAUAACGGAUGGGAAGCUGACCAGCUUAUUUUAAACAUUCUUCUUCGUAUUCUUUUCUUUCUUUUCUCAUCCACUCGGUUGACCUUACACCGAACAAAAAAACGCGAUUCCAUGACCAGACAAAUACAUGUACCACUAAAUGGCAAUUAUAAUGCGAAGCUUUUGAUUUUCGGUAGUAUAUGACAACGUGCAGCGAUAAAAAAAAAAAAACUUCCAAAAAACAAGAAUUCGUAGAUGUGAGGCAGCGAUUAUUAUAUAAUUAUAUAAGACAAACGGUAAAUCUCGUAUGUAAACGAAUAUAAUGAGCAAUGAAACUUAAUAUUUAUAAUAACAAUAUAUGAUUGAGAUAUAGAUGAGAAAAAUCGGUAUAUAACGUGAUAUACCAAGUGUAAUAAUUAAUAAUUAAUGAUUGUAAUGUGUAGUCAUUUUACGAUUCAGCGACAUAUACACGCGUGAAUCGUGAUCUACAAUUGAAUAAUGAUCGAAUAAUGAUCACACAGAUUUUGCUGAACCGCGAUUACGAUCGAUCCGAUAAUUUUCUCGCUCAUUAAAAUAUGACAGAAUUUACAUCCUGAAGGAAUGAGACUAAUAUUCGUGUACGCAGAGUGCAGUUAUACUUAUUGCACGACGGUAUAUAAUUAUAAUGAAAACCACGUAUUCGUGUAUACAUAACUAUGAUAAUCGCGGUGUAUAUGAUCAGGAAAUCCAAAGUCCAAACUACAAUAUAAGUUAAGUAAUAUCGAAUUAUUUUUUAAUCGUAGGCUAUAUACUUAGAAUGAAAAAACCAAGCAAAAUGAAUAUGAUAAAAAUAAGAAUUACAGAGCUCGCCCAAAGAUAAAGCCCAAAAAUAUUUUUACAAACUUGAUAGACGAAUAGAAAAAAAAUGGAAAUUGUUUGUUUUCUUUAAUAAUACUAAUAAUAAUAGAAAAACUUAAUAGCGAAGCAGAUACUAACGAAAUAAGAUUAUGACAAAAACGAAGAAAAACUGACAAAUAUAAUAGCAUACAAAGGUGAAAAAAUUUAUAUUUUAUAAUGAAAUUUUUAAACAAUAUAUGAAACGAUGAUCAAAUGAAAUAACUUCCACACGUUUGAUGUUUUUUUUUUUUUUUUUUCUCUACACUAUAAUGAAUUUCAGCGUCUAGUCCUGAAGUGGUUUCCUUAUCUAGUUUUCUUUGAACUUUUCUUCCCCGUAAAGUUUUAUUUCGAGAAAAAAUUUUAUACGCGCAGAAUUUAUUAGCAAUAGUUAACAAUAAUAUGAUCGUACGUAGUUUAUUAUGUGAAUCGAAUCCCCAAGGUGAAACGAGUGAAAUAUUAUAUUAUAUACUAUACGAGUAUAACAUACAUAUUGCUAUAUACAUACCAAACGUAACUAAUUAGGAUUAAUAAACUUUCGCUCAAACGAAGUAAUUUUUUAAUAAUAAAACGAUGAUGAUCAGUCAACGGCAUAUGUAAUUGACGUUAUAAAUUAUUUGGACCGAUGAUAUUUUAAGGGUAAUUUUGUUCUCGAUGCAACUCAUUCUCAGACGUAGUUUUUCCAAAAUUGUCAAUCGAUAAGCGUAAAGCUGAUUGCACGAAAAAUGAAUAGGAAGAAAAAGAAAAAUUACAGAUGAAAAUAUAACGUCCACGUAAAUAGUGUAAUACAAUCUUUA